UUAACGGAAAUAGAAAGUCUAUUUUAGAAAGUUUUAAUUGAUUGAGUAAAGUUGCUAAGAGACCACCUAGAAGAAAUUCUGUACUUAACCAUUGUGGCCCACAAUUACAUAAGUUCAUUGAUGUUUUGUGAAGGUGCAGAGGUGCUCCACCAGAAGAUGGGCGUGUAAAUUGUAACAAAUAUUUAAAAAGUUGGGCCUUGAAUAUGGUUAUUUAUUACGUUUCUUUAGGUGUGCAUUCCACCGAUCGAGGUUGAAAUGGAAAGUACCUACGAUUUUAAUGUUGUUUAUUAUGUUUUUGUAAUUAACACAAAAUUUAGGAAACGAAAAUCGGAUACCAUUUUUGGGCCCUUAAACUGCAUUCGAUCCAAUUAACUGCGGUAAAGUGCCAUAUAUGACUAUUGCUUUAAACGUGUUAACCUUUUGCGGGUCAAUAGCGGCACAGAAUGCGGAUAGUAAUGUAAAAAAGAAAGAUGAAGAAUUUACGUGUCCCGAGGGACUGGGGAAUGGUAAUUAUGCCGAUCCUCAAACAUGCAGACGAUUUUAUCAGUGCGUGGAUGGUUACCCUUACCUUAACAGAUGUCCUUCGGGCCUACGUUUCGACGAUAUCUCCAAAUUUUGUACGUUCCCAAAUGAGGCGCGAUGCGGACCAAUAAUACCAACACCAGCACCGUCCACCGAACCGCCAAUUGACUUAGCAGUAAAGUGCAAUCCGGAGGAAUGCCUCUUGCCUGAAUGUUUCUGUUCCAAAGAUGGUACCAAUAUACCUGGAGACUUCACACCAUCGGAGGCAAGUAUGCGCUAACAAACUGGCACGAAACACUGCAGUAUCUGUUCGACUAUUUUCAGUCAACCCCCUAGAUAAUUGAAAUAGGUAGGGUUUUUUUUAUUACUGCACAUUGAUCAAAAUGUAAUAAAAUUGAU